AUGGCUGACUAUACAACUGAUUCCAUGUCCAAGCUACCAGAACAAGUUGACAUCACCGGUGGUAAAGUUGAACAUGGCAAUACUCCCCUAAAUCACGAGCCGAAUGAACUUCCUCAACAGUUCUCACUUUUUUCCACUCUUGCAUUCGGGUUUAGCAUGACAAACUCCUGGCUCGGUUACUCUGCAACUUUCAUUACUCCCCUACUGCUGGGUGGGAGUCCUACCGUAUUUUUCGGUCUGAUUGCUGCUUCGAUCGCAAGCUGCUUCAUCACGGCCGGUCUGGCCGAGCUCGCGUCAGCCUACCCCUCUAGCGGCGGACAGUAUCAUUUUGCCUAUAUGGUUACCCCUCCAAAGUACCGCGCUCUGGUGGCCUUCAUUCUUGGAUGGUUGAGUGUAGUAGCAUGGGCCCUCACUAGUGCAUCUACUGCCCUUGUCUGUGCUCAGAUGGUUGGAAACCUGGCAGGCAUUUACCAUCCAAGCUACAUAGCAGAGGCAUGGCAGACAUGGAUGAUCUAUUCUUCACUGAUUCUGAUUGCAACUGCAAUCAUCUAUUACCUGCCAAGGGCACUCCCCCGAGGAGAAAUGGUGAUGUUUGUGAGCAGCUUUCUGGGAUUUAUCGUGAGCUUCGUCACUGUUUUAGCGAUGCGAACAAAUGGGCAGUCAGCAAAAGCGGUAUUUAUAGAAUACGAGAAUAACAGUGGUUGGGGCGACGGCACCUCCUUCAUCAUCGGGCUUGGGACCUGUAUGUAUGCAUAUCUAGCUAUCGAUGGAGCGUGUCAUAUUGCAGAGGAACUUCCUAACCCCGGUCGUGAUAUCCCUCGCGCUAUGGGGCUAACUAUGCUAAUCGGUAUCCUGACCGUUAUCCCUUGGACAAUUGCAUUUCUUUUCUCUAUCACGGACACAGAUGCCGUCGCCUCCUCUUCGAUUCCGGUGUUUACAAUCUAUUUGCAAGCCACGCGAAGUCAACCUGCGGCCACAGUACUCACUGUGUGGAUUCUUUUUGUUUACUUCGGUGCCCUGGUCUCAUGUAUUGUGACGACUGGACGACUGGCAUAUGCCUUCGCGCGUGACGGAGGCCUUCCGUACUCGGAGUUCUUUGUCAAGAUUCAUCCCGCGCAUCAAUCCCCCAAUAACGCCACAAUGGGUUGUGCUGCCGUGGUCGUUGUUUACGGACUAAUAUACACCGGAUCUGCAGCUGCUUUCAAUAGCUUUAUAUCCAUGUCCAUCUUAUCGCUCAACUUGACCUAUGCUUUGCCUCAGGCUAUUCUUUUGAUCCGAGGGCGCGAGCGCGUCCUACCGAAACGCACCUUUGCCCUGGGUAGACACCUUGGGCCAAUCUGCAACGCAUUUUCGAUCCUUUGGGUCCUUUUUAUUACGAUUAUAUUUUGCUUCCCAACAUCUAUUCCAACCACCGCCGCCAGCAUGAAUUAUGUCAGCGUGAUCAUAGUUGGUAUCUCAGUUUUGAUCCUUGUGUCUUGGUGGACAUGCAAAAGAAAAACAUUCUUUGGACCGACUAUUGAGAUACAGGGGCUCGAGGUUGCGCUACAGCAUCAUGAUGUUUCUUCAAGCACGUCACCAGCGAGGGGAUCAGGUCGAGAUUAG